AUGGUAAUCCCCAUGAUACCGCUGCGAUGUUCGGAUUGUGGAAAAGAAGUACCGGCACCAAUCAAUAAAUCGAUACCGACAGAAAACCAUCUGCGAGAGCCACGUAAAUUGGAUGCGAAUUUGAGCGAUGUGGUCGAGUUCUGGUGGUGUCGCGAUUGCGCCCAAGGCGUAUGCAAGUAA